AUGCCUCUCAAGCGCCUGGCAUUGCCGAUAUUUCUCGCCUUCCUCAGGGGAGCCCAGGGAGUGGCACUGCCUGCGACAGAUGUCACCACUACUGCGGCUACCAGCGAGGCCACCGAUGCUGCUGCCGCGUCGAUCCUGGGCGUCGAAGCCCCCAGCUCCGCCAUCAUGUAUGCCGCCGAGGAUGUCAUUGCCACUACUGUCACUGCCAACGUCAGCGCCAAGAGGGUCCCCACUGGUACCGUCCAUGUUCUGCCCAGCCUGUCUAAGGUCAUGCCGCAUACGGAGGGAUACGUUGUCACGACGAUUGAGAGCAUUCGUUCGGGGCCUCUGGUCACAGCCUCCAUCCCGCCGGUCACCUCGCUUAUCAAGCCCCUGACUGCGUCGCAUGCUGGGCGGGACGAGCCGGAGGAUGUCGAAGAACUGGUCAGGAGAGCAGCGACUGAUAUCUUUGCGUCGCCCAUCGCCACCAUCGCCCCUGCCGCCAAGUUCAAGAGAAAGACGAACCACCCUGUCGCGCGCAAGGGCAUCAUCAACUCGGGACCCAAGGACACCAACAAGUUCUACACCAACUUCUUCCUUGGUAACAGCACCUCGCCCACUUACACGUACCCUUACGCCGUUACUUAUCUCAACGGCGACGGUGUCGCGGCCAGCUAUGGAAUUUCCAUGACACAUACCGAGGCCAGCAACUUCGUGUAUGGCGAUGUGCAGUACAAUAAUGCGGCACGGUACUACAUCAACCCCGUUGGUGUCGAGCACAUGAUUCUCUCGGCCACCGAGCUCGGCCGCAGCACAGUUCUCGAGAUGGACCGGACAUCGCAGUUCCACGCGCGGAUCCUGCUCAAGAAGAACUCUGCCGCCGCGCCUACCAUCUACUUCCCUAUUGUUCAGGGUAUGUCGUACCUGACUGGCCGGUUCGAGGGCGGGCACCCCAUGAUCCAGUCGGGCGUCUACUUCAAGUCGAUGACGCAGGUCAAGACGGACCCCAAGAAAGGCGUGCGCAAGUACGUCUUCAAACUCGAGGACGGCACGACGUGGAACGUCUACGGCUACCACACCAGCGGCUCGGCCCUGACCCUGACCCUGAUCAACAGCGGACUCGCCCAGAGCACGGACGCAUUCACUGGUGUCGUCCAGAUCGCCAAGAACCCCGGAACCAACAAUGCAGAGAUGUACCUUGAUGACGGUGCCGGCGUUUGGCCCUGCGGUGCCACCCUUACCGGAUCCGUCUCCGGACACACUGGAACCUACUCGAUCGAGCAUGACCGCUGCGGCCACCCCAACGGCUAUAUGAAUCUGUUUGCCCUGCCCCACCACGUCGCCUCCUUCGACAAGGCCACAUCCAGCCUCGUCACGGGUGUCAAGAUGCAGACCCCUACCAAGGGGAAUGCCACACUGGUUCGUGGCAGGAUCUGGACCAUGGUCGAGUCAGCCCUUCCCACGGCCAUGAGCUUCGGCCCCUGGAGUUCGGGUCCCAAGGAGAGUCUGUCUACUGCUGCUAAGGCAGCUAUCGAGCCUAUUGCCAAGUCUGAGGCGUCGCAGGACAUGAUUGCCCUGUCUAACGUGACUUCCAUGUACUACGGUGGCAAGGUGCGCCCUAUCCGAGAAACUCAACUUUGGUAUUGGAUUCACGAUGGUAACAGCGCUGACUGUCGACAGGUUCUCCUCAAGUUUGCUCAGCUCGUCUACGUCAUGCACGACUUGGUUGGUGACACGGCCAUGGCUCAGUCGGCCCUGGUCAACCUCAAGGCUGCCUACAAGGUGUUUGCUGACAACACCCAGGCCUAUCCCCUUGUUUACGAUAGUGCUUGGGGUGGUGCCGUUUCUUCUGCAUCGUACGUUGAAGGCGACUCUGGGCUCGAUUUUGGCAACACGUAUUACAACGACCACCACUUCCACUACGGCUACCACAUCCUGGCGGCGGCGUACAUCGGCCACCUGGACAGCACGUGGGCUGAGAACAACAAGGACUACGUCAACAUGCUCGUGCGAGACAUUGCCAACCCGAGCAGCGAGGACACGUACUUCCCGCAGUCCCGUCACUUUGACUGGUACCACGGGCAUAGCUGGGCCAAGGGUCUCUUCGAGGCCUCUGAUGGCAAGGACCAGGAGUCAAGCUCUGAAGACAUCAUGGCUUCCUACGCCAUCAAGAUGUGGGGUACAGUCAUCGGGGACUCCAACAUGGUGGCCCGUGGCAACCUACAGCUGGCCAUCAUGCGCCGCAGCAUGCAGAGCUACUACCUGUACACGAACAACAACGCCAUCGAGCCGUCCAGAUUCAUCGGGAACAAGGCUGCCGGCAUUGUCUUUGAGAACAAGAUUGAUCACACCACCUACUUCUCCAACAACAUCGAGUGCAUCCAGGGCAUCCACAUGAUCCCCGUCCUCGCACCCAGCGGUUUCAUCCGCUCCAAGACUUUCAUCGAGCAGGAAUGGAACACCUACUUCGCCAACGGCGCGAUCGACAAGAUCGAGAGUGCCUGGAAGAGCAUCAUCUGGGCUAACUAUGCUCUCGUUGCCCCUGAGAAGGCCUGGGCCUACUUCAACUCGUCGUCCCUGAACACCGACCACAUUGACGGUGGUGCGACUAGGGCGUGGUAUAUGGCUUAUGCAGCUGGUGAGUCUUGCGGCUCUUUGAGA